CAACCCAAAGCACUUCAGCUUUACACACAAAACUGAUGAAACAAACAAAAAAAAAGAUACCGAACGGAGCGGCGUAAUCGCCAGCGUACCCGUGACACCAAGACAGACAACAGUCAAAACCCAAUAAAUAAGAAAACCAGCAAAAUAAGAAAGAAAGUCAAAGAAAGGUCCCAGGGCAUGAUUACGCACAGCGGUCUUUUUACCAGUCCAACCCGGAGGAUUCAACGCUAGCCAGGCAGGCUGAAGAGCACCACAAGUGCAUAACAGUGACAAGUCGUGGGCGAUCCUUCAGAUUAGCAACCCGAUAGAGACAGUUUGCCGUCUGCUUCUAACGUUGGCAUCUAAUCGAGACUCCAGGCAGAGCAUGGCAGCUCGUAGGCCAGCAGCAUCACACGCAGAGUAGGUCCACAGCUGUUCUGCAUUGUUGCCAGUUUACACAUUACCAUCCACGGGAUUUAGGCAAUGGCCUCUGCAAACAUGAAUACCAAAGGUGCGAAAAGAAGCCUUGAAAAUGAGCCAUGUACUUCGCAUGGCCUCACUGCAGGAGGCAAUAAGCGUGUCUGUAACCCUGCAGCCGACAGAGAAACAGAUCAGAGAUCUUUACAUAAAGCAAAACAAGUUAUGUCACAAGUCAUACGCAAACUACACGCAUUUCCUCAUUCUAACGUCAACAAAGAAUUCAUUCAGUACAUUGAGUCGAUGAUUUUAAAGCUUGACGCAACCUCUAAGAAGAAAACCACGGUGGGUGUGUUUGGUAAAUCGGGAGUGGGCAAGAGCUCCUUGAUAAAUACCAUCUUGGGAGAGGAAGACUUGUUGCCAUCAGGAACCAUCACUGCAUGCACCUCAGUCAUUAUUCAAGUAGAGUCCAACACAACUGACUCAAACUACACAGCGGAGAUUGACUUCAUUCCCAAACAGGAGUGGGAAGAGGAGGUUAAAAAACACCUGGAUGCUUUGUCACAAGGCAUAGAGAAUGACGAAGACGAAGACGAAGAUGAAGACACAUUGAGCACAGGUCAGGAGAAAAUCGAAGCCGUUUUUGGGGAAAUUAGACCAAAUGCAACCCUGGGGGAACUGAUGGAUGAACAGAAUUUUGCAGCCAUCCCAGAAUUCCUUGCGUCAUCCAAGAAAACAGUGUCAUGCUCCACGGCUGCUGACCUUUCAGACGAGAUUAACUGCUUCACAAGGUCUGAUGAUUCUAGCCCUGGACAGUACUUCUGGCCACUGGUAAAAACGGUCACCAUCAAGAUACCCUCUGGCAACUGCUUUGACAACAUUACCUUAAUUGAUCUUCCUGGCACUGGAGAUUUCAAUAAAAGCAGAGACGAAAUGUGGAAGAAGUGUUUAAGCAGAUGUUCCACGGUGUGGAUUGUCAAUGAAAUUAACCGGGCUGCGACUGACAAGGAGCCGUGGAAGAUUCUCAGCAGCUGCAUCAAAAACAUGGCACAUGGCGGAGAGUGCAACAGCAUCACUUUCAUCUGCACAAAGACGGAUGACAUCAACCCCACUGGAUACAAGAAGAACUAUAAGUUGAAGGAUGAAGAUCUUGAUGUCACAGCAUCACAGGACUCAGUGGCGUAUCAAAAACAGCUGGAACGAGCCUGUAUUCUCCACCGGAAUGAAAAAGCCAAAGAAAAAGUCAGGGCAAUGUUUUCCAAGCAAACUGAGAUACAGAAUCAUUUCACGUGUGAUGAGGACUUCUUGAAGAUCUUCACAGUUAGCUCCAAGGUUUACGUACAGAAGGAAGAAUGCAUUUUGAAUCAAGAGGACACAGAAAUCCCAAAGCUUUGGAGACUGCUGGAGAAACUUGACAAUAGUUGUCAGAAAGCGUCAGUUAAGGAUUACAUUCAAGGAGCACAUGGUAUUCUGUCCCUAAUUCAAGGAGCCAACAGUAAUGCCUCUGAGACCUUGGAGGUGAAACGUGAUGUUCUCACGGCUCUGGAAAAAAAUCUAUUAGAAGAACUGGACUUCUUGAAGGCAUCCUUCAUGAAACAGUCUGAUUAUCUGGAGUUAUGCCUUUCUGAGGGGGUUAAUGAAUCAGAGAAACUUUCCCUGGAAACUGCUGAUAAAGAUGUGAUAAAAACAAAAAUAAAGGAUGCAAGAGGAUAUCAUCGCACACUCAAGUCUUUGUGUGAGAACAACGGCUUCUGGAGGACAAAAAAUGGAACAAUAAUAGAUCUGAAUGUAUCUAUUGCUACCUAUAUGUACAAACAUGUUAAUGGACAAUUUCAAAAUAUGUUUCCAGUGGACGGAAAACCACACGAAUCAAUUAGAGGGAUGCUGCACAGAUUCAACAUCAUCAGUGAUGACAUCACUGAGCUUUAUGGAGAAUCUCCAGUGUCACUCAACCUGACAUUCAUCAAGACUCAGCAAAACAGACUGAUCUCAAGAAUUGAGGACAACAUUUCCCAAAGGAAAAAGAAAAUAUACACCUCUCUUUAUGAGUCCAUUCUCCUCACAAUGCAACAAGUUUACCCAGAGGCUGCAGAACUACGUGGAAAGAAUUCUCACACUGCAAGGCAGAAGUUGUUGACCGACCACAUUGAGAAAUCAAAGGCAGACAUGUUUACCAGAGCCAAAACAACCAUGUUGGAACUCUUUGAAAACCUUACGGAAUACAUUGAAAAGACUUUGAGAGAAGAGUUGGAUGACAUUGUAACACACGCCCUUACCAUUAAAGAUGGGGUGCCUCUUCCAGAUAUUAGUCGUGAGGUGAAAGAGAUGAAGUCCCUUGCUUCCAGUUUUGUCGACCUUCAGCCGUGAGGAAAUGCAGACCAACAGCAGUGUUUAUUCUCAUGGGUUUCAUUUUCUAUAUAUUUUUAUCCUUAUAUGUGGUCAGUGUUCCUUGUAAAGCGUUUUUUUUUUAUUUUUUUUACCUUAAAGGAACACUUCACCGUUUUUUUCAUAUUAAACUACGUUAUUGCCUUAACUAAGACGAGUUGAUACAUACCUCUCAUGUUUCAAAGCGUGCACUGGCUCUGGCGCACGGCGCGACUUUGAUAGCACUUAGCUAGCCCAGUUCAUUCAUUAGAAUCCAAACAGAGAUGAAGUUAGAAGUGACCAAACACCUCCAUGUUUUCCCUAUUAAAAUACAGUUACACGGGUAGUCACACGACCCGAAGUAUAGUAAGACAAAAUAAAAUGUGGUGCAUUUCUAAGCAGGUAAGAGGGAUAACUAUAUUGUGUGGCGGAAUAACACUUGGGAGCACUUCGACUCGACGCAGUAAUAUCAUCACUCUUGCACUUUCAGUUUCACUUUGGAGUGAGGAUAUUACUGCGCCGAGUCUAAGUGCUCCCAAGUGUUAUUCCGCCACACAAUAUAGAGCCAGUGAGUGCAUGCAUUGAAACAUAAGAGGUGUAUCAACUCGUAAUAUUUUGUUUUUGAACAAAAGUAAUUUUUUUCUCUCAAUCUGACACCUUGUGGAUUAUCUAUUUUAUACCUUUUGUACCUUUUAUUACUAAAAUAAAGUACGCAUCUUUUAUUGGGAUAUGAAAAGCUUCAGCUUAUCCCUUAAUUGAAACAUUUGUCUGAAACAUCCCUGUCUCCAUGACACCAUCAAGCCAGUUCUUCUGUAUUUUGCCACAUGCAUCUUCAACAUCCCUACAAUUGACCAACAGGAAUUAAACUCUAAACAAUAAUGAAUUUAACCACCAAACAUUUGGUAUUCCCCUCGCCCAGCUACCUGAAUAUUAAAACAUUUGAUGCCAAUGAAGAGACCAAGCACACUCCCUUCUAGAGCCAUAAGUAGAGCAGUAGACUUAAUAAAAUAGCAAAUCCAUAUACUGUAGCAUUUCUGUUAUGUUCAAAAAUGUCCAUUCGCAUGGUCCUUUUGUUAGUUUACUCUCAUUUAGUUUACUCUUUUUUCUUUAUUGUUAAAUGCAUUUAAGUACAUCUACAAAUGCCUUGGUAUCAUUCUGUACCAUCACAGUGCUACCAAGUCAGGAUUUUGUUUGUCACAUUUGUAGGCUUGCUACAGGUCAUGGAAUUUUUGGAGUGUCUUGGAUAUUUAAUAACUUCGAAUAACGUCAUGGAACAUCAGGUUUUUUUUUUUUUUUUUUUAAUUAAAGUCAGGAAAUGUCAGGGAAUUUUGUUGUAGCCAUUUCAAUUUCAACUUGCCAAAAAUGAAAUAAAACAAACAUAUUUCAAAACAGCUUGUGUUUAUUUAGUUUUUUUUUUUAUAGGCACCAUUCGUUAUAUUAUAUAUUUUUUGGUUCUUCCUUUUUUUUUAAAAUUAAAGUCAGGAAAUGUCAGGGAAUUUUGUUGUAGCCAUUUCAAUUUCAACUUGCCAAAAAUGAAAUAAAACAAACAUAUUUCAAAACA